AUGCCCAAGGGGCAAGACGCCAGUUUUGACUUCUCAACGUCACGGGCACCCUCCAUGGGGAGAUAUUCAUUCUUGUGCAGUCACGUUCAGGCAUCUACUACAAUAACCCCAUUCCCUCCGGGGAAAAGUUUGUUCAUUACGAACAGAAAUUCGAAGCCGUUUCGGGUGCGGAUCCGCUGGGAAAUCAAGUGCUUCCCUCAGCUAUCUGUGCCAGUCCUUCUCCAACUUAGGGGCAUGGAAUUCGCCGUCCUCGGCUCGCCCGCCCCCUCCCCAACAGCCAAUCAGCGUCGCCGCUCGCAGAACAAAUACGGUCAAAAACCAGCUGUUCAUUUAGUAUUGAGCUGUCAUGCCGCGGUUAAGCGUGUCAUAAAUGCCACUUGUGGCCAUCAUCUUCCUUUAUGCAAAUUCACAGUUUCCACUUGA